GGGAGACCGCCGCAGGGAGGCGGAAAUUGCCGAGGCGGGCUGUGAGUGCCGAGGCGGCACGCGGGAAGGUCCGGCGGCCAUGGCGGCCCCGGGACCCGCGAGUCGCUUCUGGUGCUCGUAUCCCGAGGUCCCCUCCGCCACAUUCUUCACCGCCCUGCUCUCGCUGCUGGUGUCGGGGCCCCGCUUGUUCCUGCUGCAGCCGCCUCUGGCACCGUCGGGGCUGUCGCUGCGCUCCGAGGCCCUGCGCAACUGGCAAGUUUACAGGCUGGUGACCUACAUCUUCGUCUAUGAGAACCCAGUCUCCCUGCUCUGCGGUGCCAUCAUCAUCUGGCGCUUUGCUGGCAACUUCGAGAGGACUGUGGGCACUGUCCGCCAUUGCUUCUUCACCUUCAUCUUUACCGUCUCCUCCGCCAUCAUCUACCUGUCAUUCGAGUCGGUGUCAUCGCUGUCCAAGUUGGGUGAGGUGGAGGAUGCCAGAGGGUUCACCCCCGUGGCUUUUGCCAUGCUGGGAGUCACCUCAGUCCGCUCUCGGAUGAGGCGGGCCCUGGUGUUUGGUGUGGUGGUGCCCUCCGCCCUGGUGCCGUGGCUGCUGCUCUGUGCCUCCUGGCUCAUUCCUCAGACCUCCUUCCUCAGCAACGUCUCUGGCCUUUUGAUCGGCCUAUCGUAUGGCCUCACCUACUGCUACUCCCUCGACCUCUCUGAGCGCAUAGCCCUGAAGCUUGAUCAGAAGUUCCCCUUCAGUGUCAUGAGGAGGAUCCCCCUGUUCAAGUACAUCUCGGGUUCUUCUGCCGAAAGAAGAGCCGCCCAGAGCCGGAAGCUGAACCCUGCACCUGGCUCCUACCCCACGCAGAGUUGCAACCCUCAUCUAACCCCAAGUCACGCUAUCACCCAGAUGCAGCAUGCGAAUGGCCAGAAACUGACCUCCUGGCCUCCUGGACACAUGCCUAGCCUCCCUCCCUACCAGCCUGCUUCAGGCCUGUGUUAUGUGCAGAACCACUUUGGUCCUAACUCCAUUGCCUCCAGUGUGUACCCCGCUUCUGCAGGGACCUCCCAGGGGGUACAGCCUCCCUCCCCUAUCAGCUGUCCUGGCACUGUGUAUUCUGGGGCCCUAGGCACCCCAGGGGCUACAGGCUCCAAGGAGUCUUCCAAGGUUGCCAUGCCCUAGCCAGUCUGCAGAGAAGGCUCCUACACGUUGGUCAGAGAAAGGCCCUGUCUGAGCGAGGAAUUGCUUAAGGAUUAUGUGUUGAAGGACAUGCUGGUCUGUCAUCCCAGCUGCUUGGGAGGUUGAAGUCAAUAGAUCCAAAGGUCAAGGUCUGUCCUGUCUGAGCGAGGAAUUGCUUAAGGAUUAUGUGUUGAAGGACUUGCUGGUCCGUCACCCCAGCUGCUUGGGAGGUGAAGUCAAUAGAUCCAAAGGUCAAGGUCUGUCUGGGCUCCAGAACAAGUUCAAGGCCAGCCUAGGCUAUGUGUAACAAAACUGUCUCAAAAUUAAUAAAAAUGGCUGGAACUGGGGCACUUUGGUAGACUGCUUACCUAGCAUAGUCCUCAGCUCCCUCCUCCCCCCAAAAAGAUUAUUUAUGAAAUACCUCUGUGUGCCAGCUCUGUUGAGUACUUUGAUAAAUGUCCCUAUAUAUCUGUGUCGUUUCCCCUCAGGGCAGCUCUAGAAAGUAAAGUUUACUGACCCAGCUUUCAGACACAGGAAAUAAAACAGCCUAGAAGGACUUGCCUGUAAGCUAACUACGGUCAAGGCAGGAUCAGACGUUGAAGGUCAUCCCCAGCUACACAGUGGGUCUGAAGCCAGCCACUGGGCUGCAUGAGAAGUAAGGCAUUCUGGGGUCCCCUGGAGUCUUGAGGCGCCACAGCCACUGCUAGGUUUCUGGGUUCCUAAUCCAGUGUCCCGAGCAUGAGAAAGUACAAUUGUCAUUGGCUGCUAGGGACUUGCCGGUCCUACCAUCCCAUCCUGCUGAGUGCCUGUGAGUCCUUGCUCCUGUCUGGUGUGUCCUUGUACUGGACAGUCUGUAACCCGUCUUCCCCCUCCAGCCGUCCCUGUCCUGACUUCUGCCAUGACCUGCAGCAGCGUGCAGUGGUCUGCCCUGUGAGUUACCUUUGUAUAAAACCAGCCUCCAGCCUGCCA